AUGAGCGGCUCGGGGCUGGCGGUGCUGCACGCUGUGUACUGGAGGGUGCUCAGCAUCUCCGACUAUGUCCGUAUCCUGCACACGGGCGGCGGCCACCGGGCUCCUCUGCUGCAGGAGGGGGACACCGAUAGAUACAAGGCCUUUCUAUCCGAGCUGCUGGUCUGUAUCCCGCACGGGGCCAAGAAGCUCUGCUCCCCCAUCUCCUUCCUGCAGUUAUCGACUCAAAGAGAAGUUGUGGCUCGAGUAAUUCAACGUAUCUGUGAAAAGAACAAAAAGAAUGUUCUAGCAUUUGGAUAUGGUCUGGUUGCUGAAAAGAGCUCACUGCGUGUUCAGUUUGCACCAAAUAUUUGCAGUUAUUUUCCAAAUCCAACAACAGCAACUAUUGGCACAAGUGUCCUCUGGGAAAUCCUUCUAAGUAGGGUGGGAGAUGAUGUUAUGAUGCAUUUAUUGGAAAACUGUUCACUUUUCGUGAAGGUGCCACCCAGUUGUUGCUAUCAGUUGUGUGGUCAGCCUAUAUAUAAUUUGAGCAUAGAGGAAACACUUCCAUUACCUUGGCUUAAACAAGAUAGUUUUAUCUAUAAAUGCAAUGUUUUAACUCAGUAUAUUCAGGUACAUUCUGUUUUUUCUAAAACAUCCUUAUCAAAAAGGGCCAUAUUUAGGAACAAAAUAAAGAAUCAAAAAAAGGUUAAAUCGAAAACAGAAACAAAGGUUAUGACAAAAGCAGGAGAAAACCAUUCCAGCAAUGGACCACUAAAUUAUUUGACUAACAUUGGUGAGCAUAUCAGUGAAAACAGGCUUACAAAAAGACCUUCGAAUAUUGACAUAUGUGAUAUUCCAACCAAAAGACCCAAAACAGAACAGAAAAACAAUGACUCUUAUACGUCUGAUCGUUUAAUCACAAAACCACAUUCUUCCAAACCAGACGAUGACAUAGUGUGCCAGUGUACCACUCAAAAAGAACCCAAAAAGCAGUUUGCUGUUAUGAGAGACGUUCUCAAUGAAACAUCCGUAAGCUUCAUCGUAAGCGAUUUUGUUGAGCCUCAAAUUAAACCAACCUCCCACAAUUCUCUUUGUACAUCGUCAGACAGAAUUUCACCAUCUAGCAUUUUUGUUGACAGUAGUAAAAUGUUGUACGCGAAUCCAAUCUCUAAGGAAGGAUUUUUGGAAAGUUUUAUACUAAACAUGUUGGAAAGUAACUCCAGUGGCAGUCUAACUCUUAUUGAAACGAUAUUUAUGAAUAACAAUGUUUUUGAGCAAGACUCUGACUUACAGGUUCCUUGUAAAAGCAAAAAAAAGAAAAAAGUAUGCAAACGUUAUUGGCAAUUGAUUCCAGUUUUUCAUAAACUGCUAGAAAAUCACAAAUUGUGUCCAUACAUGUCACUGUUAAAAAAACAUUGCCCUGUCAAAACUAUUGGAAGGAACAGAAGUGACUUUAUCCAUGGAAAAAACAACGAUGAUGGUAUUUCUAACAGCGAACUAUCGGGUGUUGAGUGUGAUCAUACCAACGGCACAAAGGCUGAUUGUGAAUCGAGUAACACUAUUGUAUACUCACUAAAUGAUACAAAAAUUGUUACAAACCAAACUGGUGUUCACAUGGAAGAACAGCGCAGAAAGCAUGGAGAUAAACUAUAUGAUUUACUUAAGCAACAUAACAGUGUCUGGCAAGUCUAUACAUUUGUCAGAGAAUGUCUGCAUAUAAUUGUGCCUGAAAGCCUGUGGGGGUCUAGUCACAACAAGUGUCGCUUCCUCAGAAAUGUCAAAAUGUUGAUUAAAUCUGUCAAGUGUGAGAAGAUUUCCUUGUCAGAACUAGUUCACAAGAUGAGAGUAGAAGACUGUUCAUGGCUACGUCUAAACAAAAGUAUUCACUUUGUUCCAGCAUCAGAGCACUUGCUGAGAGAAAAAAUACUUUUUAAAUUCCUGUUUUGGCUGAUGGAUACUUAUGUUAUACAGUUAUUAAAAGCCUUUUAUUAUAUCACAGAAACCAGUUUUCAGAAAAACAGACUGUUCUUUUAUAGAAAGAGCAUCUGGGGACAACUUGAGAAGAAUGGAAUACGGAAAUAUAAGACAAAUUUAAAGUUACGUUUAUUGUCAACUGAAGAAAUAGAGACUUUGCAGCAACAAAAGAACAUCCCUCUGCUCUCAAGGUUACGAUUCAUACCGAAAACAAAUGGAUUGCGUCCAAUUGCGAAAAUGUGUAAUCCUGGAGCAAAACAAAGUAAAGUAAUGAAGCAAAGAAAGAUUCAGCAUUUCAAUACUCAAGUCAGAAAUCUCUACAGUGUUCUGAAUUAUGAAACGGACAAAUCUACCAACAUAAUUGGUUCUUCUGUGUUUGGACUUGAUGGUAUUUAUAAGAAAUGGAGAAAAUAUGUGCUAUGGUUGAAAGAGUCAGAUUCAGAUGUUAAGUUUUACUUUGUAAAGACCGAUGUAAAAGAGGCAUACGACACAAUUCCUCAUGCAAAACUAGAGGAAGUAAUCUCAAAAGUACUUAAUCCAGAUAUUGAAGAGGUUUAUUGCAUAAGACGUUAUGCCCUACUGUGGCUGGAUUCACGUGGCCAGAUCAGGAAAUCUUUUAAGAGACAUGUUUCCAACUUGGUUGAAUUUAAGCCUAAUAUGAAAUGCUUUCUAACACAUUUACAAGAAGGUGAUAUGGUUCAGAAUGCAGUCUUUGUGGAACAGAGCCUUUCUAUGAAUGAAAACUCAAGCAAACUGCUAGCUUUCUUCCAGCAAAUAAUUUUUAACCAUAUUCUGAGAAUUAAUGAUCGAUAUUAUAGGCAGUGUUGUGGAAUACCUCAGGGAUCCAUGUUGUCAGCAUUGCUUUGUAGCUUAUGCUAUGGUGAUAUGGAAAAUAAAUUGUUCGGUGGAAUAGAAGAGAACGGACUUUUCAUGAGACUUAUUGAUGACUUUUUGCUGGUUACACCACACCUACAACAAGCAAAACAUUUUUUAAGAACUCUAGCAGAAGGAAUUCCUGAAUAUGGCUGUUCAAUAAGCCUUGACAAGACUGUUGUGAAUUUUCCUGUUGAUGACAUUCCGGAGUGCUCAACAGUAGAGCAGUUACCAGCCCAUUCCUUGUUCCGUUGGUGUGGUCUUUUGCUUGAUACGCAAACUUUGGAAGUAUUCUGUGAUUACUCUAGCUUUUCGUGCACAUCAAUCCGAUCAAGUCUGUUGUUUUGUCAUAGUUGUAAAGCUGGCGAAAAUUUAAGAUAUAAACUUUUAAAUGUCCUCCGACUUAAAUGCCACAGCCUCUUCCUGAACCUCCAGGUAAACCGUCUGCGAACUGUGUACAUUAAUGCCUACAAGAUUUUAUUACUUCAGUCGUACAGGUUCCAUGCUUGUGUUAGACAACUUCCAUUUGAUCAGAGCAUAAAGAAUAAUCCAUUGUUCUUUCUUAAAGUAAUAUCUGACAUGGCUCCUUGUUUCUACAUGAUUUUAAAAGAAAUAAAUAAAGGUUUUACUCUUGGAACCAAAGAUGCAUCUGGACCAUUUCCUUUUGAAUCAGCCCAAUGGCUCAGUUGUCAUGCAUUUAUUACAAAGCUGUCUAAUCACAAAUUGUUAUACAAGACCCUGCUUGUCCCUCUUCACCAUUGCACAAAACAGCUUUCCAAAAGUCUGCCAAAUGGAACAGUUGAUCUUCUAAAAGAAGUGACUGAUGCAUCCCUUCAUAAAGAUUUUUCAACAAUAAUGGACUAACUCAACUGCAAGUGUAUGAAAACAUGUAUUUAUUUAUUUUCCUGAUGGAUCUUGUAGCAAAUAUGUAAAUAAAAGUUUUGUGUCUUAAAA